AUGGGGCUCACGGUGGCUCCUCCAUGCCUUGUAGACCCCAUGAUCGUUCAGUGCUUCGUUGGCUGCCACGUGGCUCCCGACGAUGACAGCUUCUUUAAGGCUGCCUACGAGGGCCAGGACUUCCUCAGCUUCAGCCCACGCAACGGCAGCUGGACGCGGUGGCGAGAUGACGACCUGGCACGCGACGUGCAGGCAACACUGAACAACGAUGAGGGCACCAGCGUCACCUUCACGCAUAUCCUCAAUGUCACCUGCCCCAAGAGCCUCCGUGCCCUGUCCCAGUUGGGGAAGGAGGAUCUGGAGAGGCAAGUUCAACCAAUGGCCGUGGUCUUCGCUCGUCAGACACCCGACCCAUCGCGGCUGCUUCUCGUGUGCCGCGUCACCGGCUUCUACCCCAGCGCUGUGCGCGUGUCCUGGUUGCGGGAUGGGCACGAGGUGCCCCCGGAUCCCACGCUUGGCUCCAUGCCGCUGCUGCCUAACGCCGACCUCACCUAUCAGUUGCGCCGCGUCGUGGCCAUGGCGCCCGGCGAUGGGCACAGCUACGUCUGCCGCGUGCAACACAGCAGCCUGGGUGGCCGCGACCUCCUGCUGCCCUGGGGUCCGGAUGGAGCCAAAACCAGCCAUGUCACCUGGAUCAUCAUUGUCAUCCUCCUCAUGGUAGCUGUGGCCAUUGCUGGCGUCUUGUGGUGGCGGCGGCGCAAGAGCUACGAGGACGUGGAUGCCGUCCGGCGCCCGGGCUUCCUCAUAUAG